AUGACAGAAUAUGCUAAUUCAAAAUUAGAUUUAACGUACAUCACGUAUAAUCAAGGAUCGCAUCCAAUGGUGGUGCACGCGCAAGACGGUGGUGCAGAGAUGGGUGUGCUGUACAAGAUUACUUGUUUUGCGGCAAUCCUGGCUGUUGUGGUCUCGCAAAACAGCCACGGUCACCACGAGCAUCAUGAGGCUACCUCCUCUCAGCAGAUCCACCGUGACGAUGUGCCAUCGAAGGAACCGGCUCAUCACCACGAGUACUACAGCCACCCCAAAUACGAGUUUGAAUACAAAGUGGAGGAUCACCAAACCAAUGACAUCAAGUCGCAGCACGAGUCCCGCGAUGGUUAUGUGGUAAAGGGCUAUUACUCCUUGCACGAGCCCGACGGUACCGUCAGAAUCGUCCACUACACUGCUGACAAGAAGAGUGGAUUCAAUGCGCAAGUGGAACGCAAAGGACACGUCAAACACGUGUACCACCACCACCAUUAA